CUUUUCGGGUCAGAAAAAAUGGGUUUGGGUUGAAACGGCUCAUUUUAGAAAAAAAAAAUCAAAUAACUAAAAAUAAUAAUUAUAGCAAAACAGGAAGGCAAACAAAUGGAGCUAAUUUUGUGUGUCGGGCCAUUGUUUGUGUUGCAGUCCGAGCAUAUCCAGAAAGUUUUGGCGUAUGUGAACGAGGUGCAUUUAAUGUGCAGCAUUCUUGGGUUAGAUUUCGGCAAAACUGUAAGCGUGGUGCAUCCAAGCUUGCACGAUAAAAGGCUUGAACAUGCCACAAGUAUAAGUGACAACACAUUGGAAGGCCUUGAGAAUACCAUUCUCAAGUUGAAAACAGAGAGAAAAGUCCGGUUUCAGAAGCUAAAAGAUAUUGUAACAUCCCUAUUUGAACUUUGGAAUAUAAUGAACACAACAAGAGAAGAAAAACAACACUUUUCAAGAGUAACAUCCAUUAUUCGAGUGUCGGAAGCCGAAGUUGUUGAACCAGGAUAUCUUUCAACCGAGGUUAUUCAACAGGCGGUGUCACAAGAGGUCGUGAGGCUCAAUAAACUCAGAACAAGCAGGAUGAAAAUGAAUAAUCUUUUAGUAUAG